AUGGCGCUCUCCGCGCGCCUCCUCACUCUGCGAAGAUCGCCCAUCCUCCUCAAGCUCCCUCCAUAUCUCAGUGCCCUCCUGAUCCUGGUUGGCUUUGCAUGGCUCCUCCUGCUGCCACUUAACGAAUACUCACGGCAGACAUACAUCUCCGAGAACGCCAUCCUCCCAGGACAGGUUCAUACAUACUUUGGCGGCAGCGAGCAUAAUGUCUUCCGAGCAUAUCGACAGGAGGUAUACAACCUUGGGCAGCAGAAGGAUGAACAGCACAGGGUGGACGGGCUGUACAGGAUACUGGGAGAAAUUGGGUUGAAGAACGCACGACAGACGUACAUUUACAAGGUCGCUGGGGAAACGAUAUCUGGUACGAACAUCUAUGGCUUGCUCCAAGGUCCACGCGCAGAUGCCACCGAGGCGAUGGUCCUGAUCGCAGCAUGGCGGAACUUUGACGGCGAAGUGAACUACUCCGCUGUCGCGCUGGCAUUGACUCUGGCGCAGUACUUCAAGAGAUGGAGCAUAUGGAGUAAAGAUAUCAUUGUUCUAUUCCCUGACGACAGCACCUAUGGCCCUGAAGCGUGGGUGUCUGCAUACCACAGCACGUCUACGACCCCAACAUCAUCUCGAAACAUUAGUUCAUUGCCGGUCAAAGCAGGCGCACUGCAAGGAGCGGUUGCUUUGGACUAUCCAGUCGGACCAUGGGGCAAGCGAUUCGAAAAGCUCGAUGUGCUCUACGACGGCAUCAAUGGUGCAUUGCCCAAUCUCGACUUGCUGAACACAGCCGUCUCUGUCGCGAGCAGCCAGAUGAACGUCGGCUGCAGCCUCCACGGCAUGCAUCAUCACUCCGAUAAGUACCAGGAUCGGCUGAAGUGUUUGGCAAAGGGUGUCAUGACGCAAGCUGCUGGGCACGCUACUGGUCCACAUUCUGCGUUCAUGGCAUACCACGUCGAUGCGAUCACGCUCAAAACUGUUGGCGAUGGCUGGCAUGACGAGAUGAGUCUAGGUCGAGUCACGGAGAGUGUCUUUCGAUCGAUCAACAACUUGCUGGAGAAAUUCCAUCAGAGCUUCUUCUUUUACCUUCUGCUCAACACCCAUCGCUUCGUAAGUAUCGGAAGCUACCUACCAGCCGCGAUGCUAGUGGCGGGCAGCUUCAGUGUCAAUGCGCUGGCGCUAUGGGUCUUGAGCGGCAAAGGUCCAAAGGAAUUCCCGGGAGAACAGAAGCCGGCUGGUGGCGCGAGCGAGAAGCUAAAGGCGAAAGCCGUGGUCGCGAUACAAGAAGGCGAGGACGUUGCUCUUAUACCGAAAGCAGAGCUAGAGACGGUGGAGCGGAAGAUGUUCGUGCCUGCUACUGUCGUGCUGAUGGUGCAUUUGGCGAGUUGCAUACCGCUGUGGGCACUCACACAUCUCAACAAGGCGGUACUUCCUUCUGCGCAUGGUGUUGUGUCAGCAUUGAGCUACAUCUUCGCCAUACAGAUCAGCAUCCUGCUCGUCCGCAACUUCAAGGCGACAGCGCAGCAACUGCAGAUGAUGCAGUCCUUCUCGCUGCUCUUCCUUGGCGCAACACUUUCGACAUGGGCAACGAUCAACUUCUCUUUGGCAUUGGUCGUUGGUCUGCUGGCUUCGCCGUUGAGCUUCAUCCGACCGGCGACCUUCUUCACCAGCAAGAAUGAAAAACGCGAACAACAGACCUCGUCGAUAGACGUGGCCCUAAGCGUUCUCUCGACGCUGGUAUGGCUGAUGGCUUCGCCGCCACUGAUGAUCUAUGCGUUGAGCCAGUACCUGAAGCAAGAUCUUGGGUGGGUCUUGCUCGAGAUCGCAAAAGGCUGGACAGCUCAAGGUGUUUGGAGCAACCUUGUAGUGUGGAACAUAUGGUGGCCUGCAUGGGUCAUUGCCGGCACCGUGCUGUUCAGCAAUGCGGCGCGUAAGCUCGGCGUAUAA